AUGCCUUUGGGGGUAGUUUUAUUUGAAGUCCUGAGUGGAAAACAAGCGGUGGAUAGUAGUCUUGAUGAGGAGCAUUGGGGUUUAGUAAAUUGGGCUCAAGAAUCUAUCAGAGAAGAUAGCUGUUUGCAUAACAAUCCAAAGCAACGACCUACAAUAGCCGAGGUUGUGGCGUGUCUUGAAUCUGUAUUAGCCUUACAGGAAAAAGCCAAUUACACCUUGCACCCUCCAGGCAUGAAAAUAUUUGGUAAUAAGGUGCCAAUGUUUCUGUCUUCAUUCAUUGAGGAUAAAUCUGUUGGGAGUAAAAGAUCUUUGGAUAUAUACUUUGGUACUAUUGGAGGUGAAAACAGAAUAUUACGUAGGUUUGAGUUCCAAACUAUCAUUGUCGCAACUGAGAACUUCUCUGAGACUAAUAAAAUUUCAGCCUGGGGCGAUGGUGAAAUUGAGGCCAUGUACAAGGGAAGGCUUCAAAAUGGACAAGGAGUAUUGAUUGCCAGACACGAUUCCAAUUCCUAUUACCAAGAAUAUAAAAAUGAGGUGUCAUUACUAGUACAACUUGAGCAUGAGAAUUUGCUUCACUUGCUUGGAUAUUCCAUCGGAGGAACACAAGUAUUCCUUGUCUAUGAGUUUGCAGUCUAUGCAAGUCUAGAUCGCUUGAUAAAAGAUCAUGAAUGUACUCUAUUGGACUGGAAUAAGCGCAACAAAAUAAUCCUAGGUGUUGCUAGGGCACUUCUUUACCUUCACCAGCAUGGUCCAUUUCGGAUCAUACACUGUGGUGUCAAUCCUGAAAACAUUCUUUUAGAUGAAAGUUUGGACCCCAAACUGUCAUCUUUUGGAUUUGCAAGAUGUUUAGCAAUAAGCGAGGCUGAUUGCAUCAAAGAGAAGAGCGUAGGUGGGAUUCCGGGAUAUAUUGCACCAGAAGUAUAUCAGACUUAUCGUCUGUCAACUAAGGCUGAUGUGUAUAGUUUUGGUGUGUUGAUUUUGGUAACCAUAACUGGGUGUACAGUACCCAAUCAUUACCUUUACAACUCCAGUGGCCACAUGACCUUUGAAGAAUAUGUUUGGACAAAUUGGUUGGAUGAAACAUCUUCAGAUAUAAUUGACCCUAGAAUUGAUGUUGAUUCAAGCUCCAUUACAAGAGUCAUACACAUUGGGUUGUUGUGUGUUCAAGCAGAUCCAGCUGAUAGACCAACAAUGGAGGAGUGUUUCACAGGAAGCGAAAUAAAGGAGAAUGUUACAUUGUUGAAAAUCGCCGAAGAGAAAGUUGGGCGUAAAAGAUGUUUGGAGUUAUACUUUGAAACUAUUGGAGGUGAACACAAGACAUUACGCAGGUUUGAGUUCGGAACUAUCAAUGUCGCAACUGAGAAGUUCUCUGAGAAUAAUAAAAUUUCAAGAUGGGGAUCUCAUGAUUUCAUUGUGUACAAGUUCUCUUUUCAGGGAAGGCUGCAAAAUGGACAAGGAGUAUCAAUUGCCAGACAUAAUUCCGGAUCCAGAUCUCAAGAUUACAAAAAUGAAGUGGCGUUGCUGGUAAAACUUGAGCAUGAAAAUUUGCUCAAAUUGCUUGGAUAUUCCAUUGAAGGAACACAAGUAUUCCUCAUCGACGAGUUUGCAGUGUGUGAAAGUCUAGAUCACAUGCUAUUUGAUCGUGGAUGUACUCUUUUGGACUGGAAUAAGCGAGAAAAAAUUAUACUGGCUGUUGCUAGGGUACUUGUUUAUCUUCACCAGCAUGAUGUCAUACAUGGUAAUGUCACACCUGGAAUCAUUCUUUUAGAUGAAAGCUUUGACCCCAAACUGUCAGAUUUUCGGCAUGAUAAUCAGCUCUCAACUAAGGAUGAUGUGUAUAAAUUUGGCGUGUUGAUUUUGGAAACCAUGACCGGGUAUAAUAUACACUAG